AUGAUGGGUGAUGCUGGUAGUUUCUGCAAGCGUGGUCCCGAAGACUUUAAAGUUGGAGUACCGGACAACGCAGUCCGUUCCGAGGGCCGUAUCACGUUGGGUGACUACGUCAUGAUCACUGGUGGUGGUAUGAAGCGUAUUGUGCAUGUGCAGGCGGGUGGUAAACUUCGUCUUGGGAGCUCUGGGUCUGUGCAGCUUGACAAGCUUGCUGGUGUGCGGUUUGGUGAGGUGGUUUACUAUGACCCGAGGAGUCGUGUUUUUGUCCCCACCAACGAUUACCCAGAUCUCGACAUUACAACCUUGGAGGAGCACAUCGAAGACGGUAGGGACAACCGGCACUUAGUUGACGAAAAUAAAAGUCAAGUUUUAUCUAACGAAGAGAUUGCGGAGAUGCGUCGAGAAAAGGGUGUGGAUGUGUUUCUCAAUACCCUUGUUGAAAAGAGUGCGACGUUCCACGCCAAAACCGCGUACUCGCAGGAGAAAUACUUGCGUAAGAAGAAGAAGCGCUACGGUGUUCUUUACAAAAUUGAGCGUGUUACGCCCGAUGGGGUGGCGGAGACAUAUUUGCCCACAAUUAACCCGACAGACGUGGAACCCGAGUCGCGGGUGCUCAGGUUGCGUGCGGACACGCUGGCGCUGAUUCUACAUCACAGUGAUGUACACAGUGGCAGCCGCGUUAUCGUCUAUGAUAAAACUAAUGGUCACCUCGAGGCGGCGUUGCUUACCCGCCUCGGUAGUGAUGGUAUAAUAUUCCAAAUAAUGGACCGAACGGCGCAACCUAACAUGUUCCCUUCGCAAACGAUGGGCAUAGAGAACGUCCGGGAACUGUGGAAGGCGGUUCCCCGUAACGCUGCCUUCUUGCGCGGGGAAGAGGACACAGAGAAUGAAGAAAAGGCGACAGAGAAGGUUAAUAAGAGGGGCAAGGAGGGGGGAAGCGAGGUUUCUCAGUGGUUGCGUGGGAUCGACGCCCGCCGCAUGCUGCAGGAGCGGCCCGCCGAUUCGCUUAUUAUUGUUGAUGACGAAGAUGACGCGCCGGCUGCACUCGACGAUUUGUUGCCCUUUGUAGCAUUGAAUGGUCACAUUGUUGUGCAUAGCCCCUUUCUUGAAGAUUUGACCGCGCUGUUUACGAAGCUUCGGGGAGAGUGUGUGAACAUAUGCAUUUCCGAGGUAUGGUGCCGCCAUCAUCAGGUACUUCCCAACCGCACUCACCCUACGGUUCGGAUGAGCACAGCGAGCGGUUAUCUGUUGACAGCGAUUAAGGUAAACGAGAGUACCAUUAACUGUAGUGGUGCUGGUGCACCACAGUCACCAAUCGAAGAGGUGACCCCAUCAGUUCCUGCGGAGGUUCCCGCGGUCGAUGGGAGACUAUCGCGUAAGCAUCCAAGAGCUCAAGAAAACGGUGAACAAGAAGGAAAUCUUUCAGACUCGUAG